AUGCUUCGUCUUUUCGAAUCGUCAUUAUCAAGAGCACCUCUCGUGAGGAUUUGUCGCUGCGGCUAUGCAACCUCGGGAGACUACCCAAUAGACCAUCAUCAGAGAUUAGAUUUACAUGAAUGGCCCACUAGCGCCAAUCCAACACCCUAUGAAGUGUUUGGGUUGUCUUCUAAAGAUAUGGGGAUGUCGACAUUAGAGCUAAAUAAGAUUCUCAAAGACAAGUAUGUGAAAUUUGUCAAGAUAUACCACCCAGACACUUGUCUUGAAAUAACGGAUGCAAAUGGCAAGGUGUUUUCAAAAGAAAUGAAACGUAGGAGGUUUGAUAUUAUUCAAGAGUCAUAUGACAUCCUCAAGAAUCCAAGACGAAGAGGAGCUUACAAUCGAUAUCAAACAACCAGCUGGGAACAGCAAGGUCCAUACAAAGGACCAUACGGACAACCAUAUACCAAGGAGAGUUUUGAAGCAUAUCGAAGAGCUAAUGCUCAUCGAACAAGGUACAAUUUUAGCAACGACGAAGCUUUUUGGUCUGCUGGCACAUGGAACGAUUAUUAUCAAAUGAAAUACAAGAGGCCACCUCCAACAAGGGAGGACUUUGAAAAAAACAAGUAUAAGAUUCUUUGGGGUGUCUUGGCUGUAGGUGCAUUAUCCUUUGGACUUCAGGUAAUGAAUGCUAUUGAUCAAACUAAUCAGUAUCUCUUGAAGACGCACCAAAUGAAUUUGAGAUCCUUGAAGGAUAUGAAUGAAAGUUACGAAAGUAAUGGUGAGGGCUUUUCUGAAGUGGGGAAUUUGAAGAGAUUCCUUAUAUCUAGAAGGAGUACCAUAAAACUGAAAAGAGACAAGUCCAAUGAGGAUAACGAAGAGAAUAUCGAGCCUAGUGACAAUGAUUUAUUGAUAAAAUAUGCUCAGGGGCGAGUAGAUAAAUGGGAUAGACGGGAAAACGAGCUUUCCGCUAGAAUAAGAGAUGAUUAA